UUUAACUUUUAAUUAACUAAUAGCUUUAUUCAGAAGAUCGAAAAGUAGACUUAAACAAAUACUAAGAAAUAAGAAUAAAAAUGUAUAAUAUAAACCUAGAAGGAGCUUUUAAUAGAAGGAAAUAUUUUGAAGAAGAUAAAAUAUAAUAAAAAGCAAAAACUAGCUAUUCAUUAACUGAAUAUAACACAAAUACCGAAUAAUUUAAUGGUUCUUAUGAUCUUUAUCUAGAAGAUAAUCUUAUAAAUUAAGAUACCUCUAAUGUAUGCACUAUUAAUCAAGAUUUAGAAUAGAAUCAACAUUUUUGCAUUCAGAAAACAGAUUAAUGUGAUGAAAAUACAUCUAAUAACACAUAAUUGAAUUUAAGUUCAUUAAUAAAUAAGAAUCAGAUAAGCGGAUAAAAUAAACAAGUAGAAAUGAGUACUACUCCUAAAGCUUCUAGUACAAUUUUAGAGACGAUUCAAAAAAGAUAAUCGAAAAAUGAUUUAAGCUUGAAAUUAAUUAGUUAAAAUUUAAAAGUUUAGAAAAAUUCUAACUUAAACAACUCCUAUAAUUUAGAAAAAUCCUCAGAUGAUUAUGUAAAAUUAAGCAAUAGCAAUGAAUAAAACUAAAAUAUGUAAAUUAAGUUACCAGAAUUUUAAUGUAGUGCGCCUCCUAGAGAGCAGAAUCAAUACAAAAAAAUAAUAACUUUUUCAUAUGUUUACAAAUUUAUAAGAGAAUUUCUUCUUAGGUACAUUUAAAGAGAUGUCUCAUAUUUAUCUAUGGUUCAGUAUAAUAUUAUUAAUGAUAAUACAGUUUUUAUGGAAAAGAAUAAAAAAGUUUUAAGUAGAAAUAAUAAUAGCAUUAGUUUUAAAAAUAUAUUUGACAAAGUUAAAUAUUUGAGAGAUAAUAAAAUAAAAUUCUAAAAUGAAACCAAAUGUGAAUAAAAAUAAUCAUUUAUUCAAAAAUUCUUUCAAAAUAUUUAAUCCCAUUUAUUUAAUUUUUUAAAAAAUUUAUUAGUAGCCAUACCUAUAAUAAGUCCAAAUAAAUUCCUCCUUUUAAUAUGGGAUUUGCUAUUUAUUAUUUUUUAGAUAGUUUUUUUGAUAAUUUAUCCUUUUGAUAUUAGUUAUCAAAGCUUAAUUUCAUCAGAUAUCUUAAAUAAACUUCAAAUAAUUUCUUUAUUUGUUACUAUACUUGAUUGUAUUCUUGGCUUUCAUACUGGAAUCUAUGAAUUUGGUAAAAUAGUGAUGGACAGAUAAAAAAUUUUUUUGGAAUAUACCAAUAAGAGAUUAGCUUACGACAUCCUUAGUAUAUGCUCUCUACUAUCAGGAAUUAUAACUGACAUAUAAUUUUUUUGCAUUGUUUCUCUAUUUUUUAGAUAAAAAUCAAUAAAAGGAAAAUUUUAAAAAGUAAUAAUGGAAUUGGCUUUGAAAUCUAAUUAUUCUUCUUUUUAUGAUAUUUUUAAGUUAGCAUUUGUGAUAUUGUUUAUUAUCCAUUUUUGUGGAUGUGGAUUCUUUUUAACUGGAAAAUUAUCUGUUAGCUAUGGGUAAUAAGAAUAAAAUUGGAUCAAUUAUUGUAAUUUAUAGAAUAAGUCUACUUAGGAGCAAUAUAUUUUUUCAAUAUAUUUUAUAAUGGUGACAAUGGUCACUAUUGGAUAUGGAGAUAUAUACCCAGUAAAUUAAUAUGAAAAACUCUAUGUUAUAGUUAUAUCUCUUGUUACUAGUUUUGUUUUUGGAUUCUCACUAAAUCUUAUAGGAUCUAUUCUAACUGAUAUAAAGAAGAAGUCAGAUGAUUUAAAUUAAAAAUAAUUUCAGAUUCAUAAAUAUCUAGAUAGCAGAAAUAUCGAUUUUAGUUCCUAAAUAAGAGUUUUAAAAUACUUUGAAUUCCUAAAUUACAAUGAAGAUUAAAAUAUUAAAGAAGGCUAAAGGCUUCUUUAAUCUUGCUCAAAAGAAAUAAGAGAUGAUAUUUUAAAUGAAUAUUUCGGAAAUGUAUUAAAAAAAUGUAUUUUAUUGAAGUCAAUUUUUAGCAAAGAAUUUUUAGAUGCUUUGAGUUUGAAUAUGAAAGAAAGAACUUUUGCUCCAGGAGAAGUGAUAAUUGAAAGAGGGGAAAAGCUUUCCUAGCUAUUUAUUGUGACAAAAGGGGAAAUUGAUUACCAUUUUAAUAACAAAAAUUCUCAAAAAAAUAAAAUUGAACUUCAAUACGAAAAUACAACUAUUGACAUCAGAAUAUUUUUCAGCUAAUAGCCAUCAGAUUUAUCAUUAAAGAGCAGAGGGAUUACACUGGCUUCAUAUAUAGAUCACUUUGCCUUUAUUGAAACUCUUUAAAAUUUUUAAAGUGAUAAAGAAAAAUAUUAGCAAUUAAGGGAUUAGUUCAUUUACGAUUAGAUAUUUUUGUUUCCAUGCAGGAGUUGUGGGUUGUACAAACAUGUAUUAAAUGACUGUCCAUAAAUUAGCUACAAGGUAAGUAAAAUGAGAUUUUUAAGUAAAUAUACAGAAAAUGUAUAUUAAGAAAGAAAUCAACAAUAUGUUAGAAAUCACAAAAUAUCUGAUAAAAGUCAAUUUAAUACAUUAACUUUUAGUUAAUUAAUCAAAUAAUCGUUAAAAUCCUUUCGAUGCAAUUAAGCUAAAAUGUAAUAUUAAAUCGCUUAUCCAGAAUUAAAUUUUGAAGAAUUGGCUAAUAAUGAAGAUGAUAAAGCCUUUCUUCUGAAUGUACCAAGAAUAAAUAUAGAUUAUUACUUAAAUAAUUAGGAUGUAACUUAAAUUAGUAAUUACUGCUUUUAUAGUGAUGCAACUUUAGAAUAUAAAAAAGUCAAAAGGUUUAAAUAAUAAGAAAUAGAGUUUACUUCAAGCAAUAGUGAAAACGAUGAAAGUGAUAAUGUUAGCAUCUUUUAGAAAAUGAGUUAGUCUAUGGAUAAUCCAUAAUCUUAAGUAAAUAAUUCAUAGAUAGUAAAUCUUAUUACUGAAUAAAAAAAGAUUGUAACAGCUAAUUUAGCUUAACAAUAAGAUUAGUAGAGGCUUUUUACAAGUGAUUAAUAAAUUCCUUCAGAAAAAAAGAUAAGUAUCCUCUCAAAUAAGCUUAGUAAUACUUAAAUACCAAAUUAAGAGGAAUUUAUGGCACAAAAUUAAGAGGGCGAAUUAGCAUAAGAUGUAUAUCCUUAUUAUUAAGUUACUAGCUUAAAAGAUUUACAUCAAACUAAUUAAGAAUUUCAUAGGAAUUAGAGUUAGUAGCAAAGUAAAUUUAAUAGAAAUAAAUAAGAAAAACAAAAGACUAAUUUACCUAAAAAUAUUAAUCCAUCUGAUAAAAAAAUCUAAUCAAGAAACAGCUUGACAAGAUCAUUAAAAGAAAUAGAUAUUUUUAGAAGUGGUACUUAUGAAUUAGAAAAUAAAGCUAUUUAGCAUACUGCUUUAUAAAAUAUAAUAGAACUGAUUAGGACUUCUAUAUGUGAAGAUCUUUAAAAAGGUAAUUAGGCUCAAAAUUCAAUAUAAUUAAAUAAUAAUAAGAAAAAUUUCAAUGUAAAAAAUAAUGAAUUUACUCAUCAGAGAGCAAGUAAAACUUAAUCAAUAAAAAAGUCUUUUACUCGAGAUAGCACUUUCAAAAAUAAUUAACUUUCUUAAUGUUUACUUUUUGGUAAAUGUGGUAUUGGCUUUGAAAAAUAUAAAGAGUACUAAAAUUAUUACCCUAAAUAAAACUUUUCCACAGUUAUUAAAACUUACAAAAAACUAUAAUAAUAAACAAGAUUAAAGAGAAACAGAGCAAAUACAUCUUUGAACUAAAUAGCAGCUAAUUAAAAUAAUCAAAAUCGCAAUAAGAGACCUACUUUCUUUUAGAAGAAAUAAGGCAUUUUUUAAGCAAAUCCAUAAUAAAUUUAAAAGUGAUUAUUGAUAAAUUCUGU